UUGGUAGAUUGUCGCAGACUUCACAAUCAAUUCGCAUUUCACAAUCACGCAGGACGACGCUACGGUUACCCACUGGGGCACAAACAAAGUACCAACAUGAUUGGGAAAAUAAUAGGAGAGAAGUACGUCGCUAUCUUCAGGACGUGGAUCCCAACACUGGCAGUCUGGGGCGGCGUUGGUGGAGUCGCGCUCGUCCAUUUCACAGAUUGGAAGUUGUUCCUGGGUUACGUCCCAUAUAUCAACGGAAAAUUUAAGAAGGAUGAAUAGAGCGUCUUCACGGGUGUUCUUGAGGAGGCUGAAUGUGCCGGGCCUCCAUUGAGAACAUCACCACAUCUGACGGGAACCUGGACUCCUCAUCUUCAGGGGUUGAAGUGGAUCAGACUACCUGUAAUGCCUCGUUGUGGCAUGCUCCACAUGGUUGAAUAAUAUAAUAUUUAUAAAUCCAUUUUGUACUUUCUGUUUCUUUUUCGGUUGCCAUACAUCUUAAGAUGUGGUUGUGAUUCUUGAUGUGGAAGUGUUCCUGUGGCACAUUCUUAUGAUCCAUUAAAUGAUGUUCAUUUUA